CCGCCCCUCGCUCAGUCCACACCGUGCUUCCAAAGAGGUCGCACGUCCCCCCACCUCCCCCACCACACAUACAUAACUGGCCGCGAACUUCGUGAAGAAUAAAAAAGAAAAAAGCCGCGCGCGAAUUUUGUUUUUUUUCUGGUGCUUUUAUUCCAAAUUUGAAAUGUUGUGCGCUGGCGAUGUGACGUGAUGGGUGAGACGCUGGUGAAAUGACAGGACUAGGUGCGUUUGAAACUACAUCGCGGGAAGGAGGGAGGGCGAGCGGCGACCGAUCAUGAAUGGAUCCGAUUUCAACACCACAGGGCUCAAUGGCUCUACAUACGACCCAACGUACCCGGGCGCGACGGCGUGGUUCAACUGCUCGCUGGAUGCGUGGUGCAACUCGUCGGGCAACGCGUCGCUCGCCAACUCCACGGACACCGACGUGCAGACCGUGGUCGUCAUGGCCGUCACGUCUGUUGUGCUCGCCAUCAUCAUCUUGGCUACUAUUAUUGGCAACGUGUUCGUGAUAGCGGCUAUCAUCAUCGAGAGGAACCUGCAGAACGUGGCCAACUACCUGGUGGCGUCGCUGGCGGUCGCCGACCUCAUGGUGGCCUGUCUCGUCAUGCCGCUCGGCGCUGUGUACGAGGUGAGCCAGGGCUGGAUCCUGGGCCCGGAGCUGUGCGACAUGUGGACGUCCAGCGACGUGCUGUGCUCCUCCGCCUCCAUCCUGCACCUCGUCGCCAUCGCCACCGACAGGUACUGGGCGGUGACGAACGUGGACUACAUCCACAUGCGCAACGAGCGGCGCAUCUUCACGAUGAUCUUCCUGGUGUGGGGCGCGGCGCUGGUGGUGUCACUGGCGCCGCAGCUCGGCUGGAAGGACCCCGACUACCUCGCGCGCAUCACGCAGCAGCAGAAGUGCCUCGUCAGCCAGGACCUCGCCUACCAGAUAUUCGCGACUCUAUCCACCUUCUACGUGCCACUCGCUGUGAUUCUCAUCCUGUACUGGAAGAUCUUCCAGACGGCCCGCAGACGGAUCCGGCGGCGCCGCGAGGCCCCACCCCCCAGGCCCACCUCCGCCGACGGCGCCACGCCCGACGGCCGCCCGAUCCCCAUCCAAUCUGCCCGUGAUCGCAGGUUUGUCAAGAAGCGGUUCCUGAACCUGAAGAAGUGCAACCAGAAGUCGCGCGCGGAGAAGAGCCUGGCGGCGGCGCUGCUGCUGACGGAGGGGCAGUCCACGUCCACCGUGGACACCGUGGACGAGGAGCUGCGUACCACCGCCUUCACCGUCAACGAGCGCGUGGCGCCCUGCGUGUCGCCAGAGAAGACCUCCUCCACCGUCACCAACGGCUCCAAGACGGACAAGUCCAUCGCGCCCGCGCCCUCGCACAAGGAGAAGAAAGAGUCUCUUGAAGCGAAGCGCGAGCGCAAGGCGGCCAAGACAUUGGCCAUCAUAACUGGAGCCUUCGUCUUCUGCUGGCUUCCAUUCUUCAUCAUGGCGCUGGUGAUGCCCAUCUGCCAGUCGUGCGUCAUCAGCGACUACCUGGCCAGCUUCUUCCUGUGGCUCGGCUACUUCAACUCGACCCUGAACCCCGUCAUCUACACCAUCUUCAGCCCCGAUUUCCGGCAAGCGUUCGCCCGCAUCCUCUUUGGCACGCACCGCCGCGGACGCAACAAAAAGUUCUAACGAAAAUGUCCCUACUAUGUAUAUAACUGAGCGCCGCUCACACUGUAUGGACUGUUAUUGUCUUCGUGUAACAUAUUUCAACGCUUGUAUCUUGUAUGUUAUACAUACUGUAUCGAUAUUGUAUUUAUAAAUGUAACGUUAUUAGUUGGCGGUGUAAAUAAGUUAAGUUGCGGAAUUGUAAAUACUGUGGAUUAUAUUAUGUACAUGCGUAUAACAUACUAUUAAUAAUAGAUGAUGUUGAGAAUUGUUUUUUUAUAAGUAAAUAGUUUAUGUGGAGGGCGCGGCGCUCGCGAGUCCCGGGCGCCGCGGCCGCCAUCUUGUUCGCAGUGACAUUACUAAAUAAAUAUUUAAACUAAAUUAUAUUUA